CUUCACAUCCAAGUGACCCGGAUGUGAUGAACGACUGGCGGCUGGCGGCUGGCGGCGCUUGCAUGACAAACACUUGCACAGCAGAGUUUAGGAGGGAGGCGGCGGCGGCCGUCGGCAUCACCGACGCGGAGGAAGAGAUGAGAGGAGCGGAGAGUUAGGAAGGGAGGAGAGAAGCGGGGGAAGCAGAGAAGCGACAGGUUCCACCGAGGAGGAAGAGCUCGUGAGGAGGUUGAGUGAGAGACUGGCUAUGGCGGAAGAUCCGAGCAAUUCGUUUCUAUCCGCGCGUCUUCAAGAGGAGUUGGGAAGUUAGAGGAUAAGAUAGUGCAUUGCCGGAAUUUGGAAGUGAUUAACAGAAGAACAGUCUCCUGCCACGUGUCCUACGUGUCCUAGAUCUGAGGGUCUAGAGACGUGAGGUUAUCAACUGCGACAAGACCGUCUGACCCAAUUUGCUGAUCCACUCUGGUACAAGUCCCAUCCGGCAAACUCUCUUGUCAGGGUCAUCACCAACACGGGAGUUAACGAUUCUUUUGUGUCACACACACACACACACACACACACACACACACACACACACACACACACAGAGAGAGAGAGAUGCUUGAAGUGACGACUGUCACUACAAAAGUGUCUGUAACUGAGAAGAGAGAGGAACAGGGAGAAAGGAGUGAAACUGUGAUUGUGGAGGAAACACGAGAAAGAAUGCGGAGAGGAGACGAGGGUGAAGGUCAGGGUGAAGGAGGGGUCGUGGACAAAAACGUUAUGUCUGAGGAGACAAGACGUCCAGGGCUGUUGAGCGAGGGACAUGACAACGGUCCUAAUGCUAGGGAAUCGGAGAUUCAGCCAACUAGUCACGUGGAACAGUCUGCAGCCAAUGUUCGUAGCAAAGCUGGGGAAUCUUCUGCGCCGUCUCCAAAAACCUUUGUAACAGCUCGUCAGUUUCACCGCUGCACAGAAAUGGGACUGAGUGGCUCCAUGAGUUCUCUACACUCGGUUGAGGGGAGGCUGCAAAUGGCAGUGGAAGAGGCAUUUGAGAAGACACUGAAGCAGCUGAGGCAGCAGCUGGCCGACAGUGAACAACAAUAUUUGUUACUUCAAUCGAGGCUGUUGAAGCGUAAGCGGGACGCUGAGGAGCUGGAGGAGGAGAAAAAGGUUUCCAUGUCCAGCGUGAAAGAAUCGACGGAUGCGAAGGUGAAGUUGGCGAAAGAGCUGAUGGAAAGGGCGAAGCAGGCGGAGCAAGAGGCCAGGCAGGCUCAGAACGAACUGAAUAAAAACCUACGGGAGAUUGACGAGGAUUUUAACAAACAAAUUGCAGAGCUGGACGUUGAGACGGAUGAGAAGAGGGUGGAGGAGUUGAAGAGGAUGGUGGAAAAACUGAAGAAGAAGCUUCUAAGAAUGGAAACGAGGAGAGAAUCGGUGGAGGGAGACAUCAAGCAACAGAUGAUGAAAGCCAUCGAGGAACGGCUGAGAAGUCUGGACGAGAGCGAUGCCAAUGUGAGCAAAGACUCUCAACCGGUGACGAGCGGAAAUCACAUCCAGACACCGAGUGAAUACUAGGCUUGCUGGCAGGCGGGCAGCCGUUCGUGGAGAAUAACAUUCUCAGGCUGUCGGAGGAUUACUUCUAUCAUAGAGUUGUUGAGACUGUCCGCGGCGAAGCGUCCCAACCCCCAAUCCGGUCGGAAGAUUACGUCCAUUGUCAAAGUGUCGAGAGCGACAGCGAUUCGAACCAACGGUGGCCCACGCCCAUCCUGUCAGCAGAAGGCCACGCUCGUCAUCAGGUUGGUGAGAGUGUCAGCCAAGACAACAUCACGCGGCCAAGCUCGGUUUCCUUUCACGAGCAAUGCCAUCUGGAAUCUGCAACACGACCAAGUACAUUACGGCGCAGGAACGCAGGUUUCCCUCGUUGGAUGUUAAACUUUUUAGUAUGUGGUGUAUCGGAGUUUGGUUCUGAACUGGACUGAAUCUCAGUAGAGUAGAAAUGUAAGUGGAGCCUGUGGAGGGGCAAAUCUCAUCGUCAAAGAAACUGGGUCCCGAAUGUCGCAAUCAAUGCGGUGACUGUGCUUUGAACCCUUCGCCGGUCAUCGGCUCGGGGUCGCACUGUGGUAGUGGCAUCGUUGUUGCUGCAACACUUUGAUCAUUUCCUGCCCAAGGCCUGUUCGGUCCUGUUGUAGUGGAUGGCAUUGCUCAGAUUAUGAUGGGAAGACCCCAUAAAACCCUCCAAUAUUGCGGAGGGGGAAAGAGGGAGGGGAGAGAAGACACCGAGUUGCAGCAGCCUGAGGGUGGUCUGUAUUGUGUGAAUUCUGUGUGAAUUCUUCUUCCUUGCGCAGGAACGAUCGUAUCGUCACGUCUCAUCGCCUGUCAUCACGACUUUCCAACACUCUGCUAGGAAGUAGUAGGAACAUGCUUCUUUCUGUAGGUUGUGUAGUGGGCACUGGACAAGGUUAGGGCAUGCUGCUCAUUUGGUUGUGAAUAUGGGCAUGUCAGACACCGAGUUGUAACGAGCAUGUCGACGACCGACUGCCUGACUGUAUAGAAUGCACCUAAUAGACAGGAGUUGAACUUUGCUGUUUAACAUGGUUAGAUACAUGGAGAGAGCUCAGCCUUGGUAGUGUGUGUACAUUGCGUAGUCUAUGCUCCCAACAGCUUUUCCGUCUUUUCCUUGACGCACAAGUUUCCUUCCCCUCCUCUCCUUUGUCAACGGCAUUCCAUUGGGCUCUUUACCUCGUUGCAGUGUGGCACAUGCUGUAGUGACAGUGUAGUUUGUGCUAGGCCUCGUGGUGCUCUCCGUUUCAUUGCUAGUAGCUAUACUAGUGUCACAGUGCCUUAGUCGCUAUUUGCUUCCGAGG